UGUUGAGUGAAAUAAAGCAGCAAAUCUUUCGAAGAAGCCAUGUUCCGCAACCAAUACGAUAGCGAUGUGACCGUGUGGAGUCCGCAGGGACGUCUUCACCAAGUUGAAUAUGCCAUGGAAGCUGUAAAGCUUGGUUCUGCGACAGUGGGAUUAAAAAAUAAGGAUUGUGCCGUGCUCAUUGCACUGAAGCGCGCAUCCUCUGAACUCUCGUCUCACCAGAAGAAAAUAAUUUCCAUUGACGAUCAUCUGGGAUUGUCUUUUGCUGGAAUUACUGCAGACGCUAGGAUUCUGAGCCGUUAUCUGCGACAGGAAUGCCUGAAUUACAAAUAUGCGUACGAUGCGUAUUACCCGGUAGGUCGUUUGAUCAGUAACCUAGGCAACAAGAUGCAAGUAUGUACGCAGCGCUAUGAUCGUCGCCCAUACGGUGUUGGGUUACUGGUGAUUGGUUACGAUGAUCAGGGACCGCAUAUUUACCAAACGUGUCCCAGUGCCAAUUUCUUCGACUGUAAAGCUAUGUCGAUUGGAUCGCGCUCCCAGAGCGCUCGUACGUAUCUGGAGAAGCAUUUGAAUACCUUCGGGGAUUGCACGAAGGACGAGCUCAUCCGCCACGGGGUUCAGGCCCUGCAGGACACGUUGCCGAACGAAGUCGAACUUAACAAUAAAAAUAUUUCGAUUGCUAUCGUUGGCAAGGGAGAAAAUUUCCAUGUCCUGGAAGAGCAAGAGAACGAUAAGUAUCUAAGCAACAUCGUGCGCCGUGGUGGUGCAGCAGCAGAAGCAUCUUCCGGCACUCAACCACCCCGUGACGAUGGUGAUGAUCAACCCCCAAACGUACCAGCGGAUCCGAUUCCAGUUGUAGCGAUGGAAACAUAGAGGAUUCACCUACGAAACUAAAAGAGUUGUAUAUAGCGCUACGCUUGCUGUUUCAAUCAUAUCGUUAUGAAUACAACUUAACUUUGGGUUUCGAGGGAAUACAGUUCGAAAAUUUCAGGGUGGGAGUUUGAUUUCCAGCUGAGUUGCUGUGAUUCGAACUCCCACCCGGAAUCAAUUUUCUACACCAAAAUAAAAGGUGAAUAUAAUAAUAAUAAUGCAGGCAAUGGAGUUGGUUUCGAAUUGUAUUUUCAAUAAAAAACACAAAA